GGGAGACACUUGUUGUAUAAAAUACAGAGAAAGAGAGACAGGUGUUAGGGCAAAAGUUGGGAGAAGUGGUGGUGGGUCUUGUUUCUGACAAAUAGUCCCCCAUUUCCCGCCUUUGCUCUCGUUUGAAUAUCUCUCCUCCUCCUCCUCCUUCAUCUUCUUCCACUAAUAAUAAGUCAUAGGAAGAAAGAGAGAGAAAGUUAAAUAUUCAUCAGAGAUAAGAAAGAGAGAAAGUGUUUUGUGUGUUGUGUGAGUGGAUGUGAUUUUGUUUUUGUUUGUGUGUUGGAAAAUGGAUACGCCUCAGAAGAGUAUCGCCCAGAUCGGAACUCCAAUUUCCAAAUCCAGAUUUGAGGAUUCACCAGUGUUCAAUUACAUAAACACUUUGUCUCCAAUAAGACCAGUCAAAUCCAUUCAAAACCCUCACCAGUUUAGCUCUUUGAAUUUCACUUCCCCUCCUUCUGUUUUCACCUCACCACACCUUACUUCUUCUCACAAAGAGUCCAGAUUCUUCAAGACUCACAACUCUUCUUCUUCUUCUUCUCACCCUACCAACCCCGUUGAAUCCCGAGAAAACGAGUCUACUUCUAAUGAAUCAGUCUCAGCAGAAGCAGCAGAAGAUACAAAAGAUGUCAACGUUGAUGAUGCUUCCAAGCCAGAGGAAGCUUCAGUUGAAAUGGUGCUGCCACAAACGAAUCCUGGUAGUCCAGUUGCUUCGCCGUGUGGUAGAGAUAGUACUACCGAUCUUUCGCUUGUUCCGUACGCUCCUACUCAAGGAGGGAAUGGUUCUUGUGAGGGUUCAGGAAUGGAGCUGCAGCAGAAGAUGUUUGAUAAUGUUCAAGGGAAAACCGAAACUCCGGAUUGGGAAAGUUUGAUUUCAGAUGCUUCAGAGCUUUUAAUCUUCGACUCACCUGAUGCUUCAGAAGCUUUUAGAUGCUUUAUGAUGCAGAGAGCUUCAACCUCCGAAGCACGUUUUAACACUGGUGUGGGAAUGCAAACAAUGCAGCCCGAUACAAACAAGAAACCGGAGUCCUCAGAUGCGAUUCCUUAUGAGGCUGUUUCAUUCUUGCACCGUGGUAUAAGAAGACGCUGCCUGGACUUUGAGAUGCCGGGGAAUAAGCAAACAUUGAGUGAGAACAACACCGCGGCUUGUGAAUCAUCGUCGAGAUGUAUUGUACCGAGUAUUGGUCUUCAUUUAAAUGCAAUUGCAAUGUCCUCAAAGGACUGUAAAACCAAUGUAACUCAGGACUACUCAUGUUCUGGGAAUAUACAAGUGGGUUUACAAAGCUCCAUCUCUAGUACAUUGCAAGAAACUUUGGACCAAACAGAAAAUGAAACCCGGGAAGAUGCAGAUCAAGAUGUUCCCGUUGAACCAGCCUUGCAAGAGUUGAAUUUGAGCAGCCCUAAGAAGAAGAGAGUUAAGUUGGAUUCUGGAGAAGGCGACUCGUGUAAGAGAUGCAACUGCAAAAAGUCCAAGUGUUUGAAACUCUAUUGUGAAUGUUUUGCUGCUGGAGUCUAUUGCAUAGAGCCAUGUUCAUGUAUAGACUGCUUCAAUAAGCCUAUUCAUGAAGAUACCGUCUUGGCUACUCGAAAACAGAUUGAAUCUCGGAAUCCACUUGCAUUUGCUCCUAAAGUCAUUAGGAACUCUGACUCGGUUCUUGAAACCGGGGAUGAUGCAAGCAAAACUCCAGCUUCUGCUCGCCAUAAACGUGGCUGCAACUGCAAGAAAUCAAACUGUUUGAAAAAAUAUUGUGAAUGCUAUCAGGGUGGUGUGGGCUGUUCCAUAAACUGUAGAUGUGAAGGAUGUAAGAACAAAUUCGGCCGCAAAGAUGGGUCUUCCAUUGUUGACAUGGAAGCUGAACNCUGUAAAACCAAUGUAACUCAGGACUACUCAUGUUCCGGGAAUAUACAAGUGGGUUUACAAAGCUCCAUCUCUAGUACAUUGCAAGNCACUGAGUUUUUAAUGAGAAAGGAGGCGAGUUCUGCUCUACCUACGACACCAACGCCGAUUUACAGACAAGAACUGGUUCAACUACCUUUCUCAUCAUCUAAGAACAGAAUGCUUCCUCCACAGUCUCUUCUUGGAGGUGGAUGUUCUUCAGGGAUAUUUAACAGUCAAUAUAUAAGAAAACCAGAUAUUGAUUUGACUCAAUCCCGGAUGGAGAAGUCUUUCGAGACAGUUGCAGAGGAUAGAGCGGAAGAAAUGCCUGAGAUUCUCAUCCACUCCCCUAUACCUAACAUCAAGAGUGUCUCUCCUAACGGCAAGAGGGUCUCUCCUCCUCAUAUGGAAUCAUCUAGCUCAGGGUCAGUUUCAGGGAGAAGAAGCGGCGGAAGGAAACUGAUACUGCAGUCAAUUCCAUCGUUUCCUUCUCUCACUCCCCAACACUGAAAGCAUUUUGUUGGUGUACCUAUGAAAAUUCUUUGAAUCUUCUUUCAAGAUGAUAAAAGUCAACUUCUAGUUGGUAGUUAAGUUAGCACUUAGCACACUUUAUGUCUGUAGUCUAGUGGUUGUGUAAUAAAGAUGUCAAUCCAUCAUGUUCUUCACAACAAAAACAAAAUAUUUCUUGUAAUAUAUAGGUUUCUUCUUUUG